AUGGCUGGGCUCAAGUACCUGAGUGGGUUUGGGAAUGAGUUCUCAUCUGAAGACCCUUGCUGUCCAGGAGCCUUACCUGAAGGUCAGAACAACCCUCAGGUGUGUCCCUACGGCCUCUACGCUGAACAACUCUCCGGCUACGCUUUCACCUGCACACAGCCAACCAAUAAGAUGAGUUGGUUCUACCGUAUCCUGCCGUUUGUCCGUCACAAGCUGUACACCGCAAUGCACUGUGGGAUCCUAACAGAGAAGUGGGAUGAAGUGGAACCUGACCCUAACCAGGGUCUGCACACCCUAUGUGGAGCAGGAGACACUAAGUCCCACAACAGGAUCGGCAUCCACAUGUUCACCUGCAACACCUCCAUGGUUGACAGUUGUUUCAACAACUCAGACGGAGACUUUCUCAUUUUGCCCCAGCAGGGGGAGAUUGUGAUCACUACAGAGUUUGGGAAUUUGAUGGUGGAACCCAACGAGAUCUGCGUCAUCCAGAAAGAAAUGCAUUUCAGUGUGGAUGUGUUCGGGGAGACCAGAGGCUACGUGUUGGAGGUGUACCGACCUGGGACCCAUAGGUGUGUGUGACAACCGUUCACCCCUCCACGUGUCAAUGCCUUGUCAACUCUGACUCCGGUAGCAUGAUAUGACGACUGCAAGGUAGCCACAGGCUACACUGUCAUCAACAAGUACCAGGGCAAGCUCUUCUCCAGCCAACAGGAUUUCUCUCCCUUUAACCUGGUGACCUGGCAUGGGAACUACACACCGAACAAAUACAACCUGGAGAACUUCAUGGUAAUCAAGUGGGCCUUCGAUCAUGCAGAUCCUUCCAUCUUCACGGUGUUGACGGCCAAGUCCACAUGUCCAGGAGUCACCAUCGCUGACUUUGUCAUCUUCCCCCCGCGCUGGGGUGUGGCUGACCACACCUUUAGACCCCCCUACUACCACAGGAACUGUAUGAGUGAGUUCAUGGGGCUGAUUAAGAGCCAAUAAGAGGCCAAGGAGGAGGGCUUCCACAUGAUGACCCCUCACGGCCCUGACGGAGACUACUUCGAGAAGAACAGCACCACUCCCCUCAAACGAGAGGUGGGACAUCCAGUAACAUCCCUCUUCAUGUUUGAGUAGUCGUUCAGCAUGGAGGUAACUAAGUGGGGCCUAGAGACGUGUUAGAGGCUGGACAAGAGCUACUGACAGCCACUCCGCAAACACUUUGACCCCAACUGGAGGCCCAGCAAACAGUAGAGCAGAGGCAGAACAGUCAUUACUUCCCCUAGAUCACCAGAAAAUCCUCUAGGAUUUAAUGUAACACGACAACACUGUGGCUCAAUACAUUUAAUACAAUGGCAUUGUUGAACACCCAUUUUUGAAUGGCUUGAAGGGCAUUCUAGAGCUUGCAUUAUUUCCCUAUAAAGCACAGUAGCAGGGUAAAUUAGCAUGGUAGAAUUCAAUGGUUCUAGUUCAUUCUUACAUGUUCUAUGUAUGAGCUGCUUUUGAAAGCAGAAGUCGAAUUGAAGACAUUGCCAUUGUUGAAUUCUAUUUUCAUAAUAGUGAGCUAGGACUGAUGGUUUAGUUAGCUAAACUAGCAAGUCUGUUUGGUUACCAAGGCAACUAAUGUAGCUAUCCAGUAAACUUGCUACCUACUUCCGUAGGUCAGUGGAUGUUCCAACUGUAAAAUAAUGCAUCUACGUGGAAGGUUGUCACUCCGCUGUCACGCCGUGGAACACACCUUCAACGUCGUUCAUUCCUUUUCCUUAGAACGAAUAGCCUCUUGUUGAUUAUCCCUCAGAUAUCACUCACAGCGUAAUAUUGAGUGCUUGGUUA